AUGCUUGUUUCAAAAGGGUACGAGGCGCAGACCCACUUCCGCUGCCUCCUAGCUUUGUCCAGCGUCUCGAAGUACUGGCGAGAGGUGGCGAUUGAAAGUCCCUUGCUCUGGUCGGACAUCCAUAUCAUUUAUUGCAAUCCGCGUGCAGAGAACGAACUGCAAAUAGCCCAGCUAUACACGACUCGGUCCAAAAAGCUCUGGGUCAAUCUCUUCCUCUACGAGGGCACAGCGACAGAACACCUAGAAGAGGAAUGCCCUCAGCCAGAAUGGCCUCAACUCGAUAAGACUCUCACCUCGACUUCACAACGCUGGCGCUCGCUCGUUGUGGCCGGCCUCUCUACUCGCUUCUGCGCCUGCAUUUGUCGUCUCCUUUAUACUGACCUCGCCCCGAACCUCGAGACCAUAAGUCUGUACACUCCUGAGCUCAUGGACUGUUUCAUUAGGCUGCGCGCGACCAGUGGGACGGUACUGCGUGCACCAGCCCUAGCUGCAUUGCAUCUUCGAUCCGAGACGCUUGUUCUCAUGCCCGAGCGGUUCACCUUAUCCCGGCUGUCCGUGCUUGAACUGGUUUACGAACGUCCGCCCUCGAGUCCUUCUACUCUGGAAUGGCGGAAACUGCGUGUCCUGCUCGCCCAAUGCCCGUUCCUGCAGCGGAUGAGACUCCGCUUGACUAUCGUCGAAGAUACUCAAGAGUGGGAAAGAUGGCCCUACCGCGAGCUGACCUUCCCGCUCUUGCACGAGCUGGACCUAAGCUUCCGUAGUCUCAAUGCCACUGCUGCCCUGACCAAUCAUGUCAUCAGAGGUCUUUCAGCUCCGAACCUGGAGAAACUAUGCCUAUCCACUAUCCCGGACGCCAUGUCCCUGUCUCGUUUCGAAGCAAAGUAUCCCGCGCUCCGCAUGAUUUCCUUCCGCGACCCAAGCUUGGGGGCUCCCAUUUAUUUUCUAAGCGCCUGCGGGGAUGUGGAACACCUCCAGAUCAGUGGUUCUGAGAUUGACACAACUGAGUUGAUCGUUAAGACACUUACGGAACCUAGAUAUUUCCUCAAUGAAACACUCACAUCCAACCCGAUCCUGCCGAAGUUGCGCACCUUGAACAUUCGUGAACUGGGUGGCUGGAGGGACGGUCGUUUCUGCAGCUUAAGCGCUAGCCUUGUCCAGAAGCUUCUGGAGACACGGAUUGCGCAGGGCAAGCCGCUGGAAAAGUUGUAUUUGGCGGACCGCGAGAUAGACAGAUUCCGACACCUCGGACGGUUCGUUGAGUUGACCAACAGCUGUCCGCCCGAGGAGCCUUGGAUGGAGAGUGUUGCCCGCAUCCCCCUCGAAAUCGUCGUCGUCGUUGUGCUCGUUGUCGUCGCGGUCAUGUCCGAUGAACAUUCGCAGUCGCCUCCCCAGGCCUCGAGCAGCCAGGAGCAGCACCAGCAACCGCCUCCUCCGCCCAUGGUUCCCUACGGCCUGCCAUACCCACCACCCCCAGGUUAUCCGCCCUAUUUCUAUCCACCACCUCCUGAUGGAUCGCACGACCCGAACGCACCUCCAGGUGCACCAUUCAUGGUUCCCUACCCGGCCCCGCCACCUGGGUUUGCUUAUGUCUACCCUCCAGGUUAUUACCCACCGCCACCUAUGGGCAUGCCCAUGCCCGCGAUGGUCACGAAACCUAAACGCAAGCAGGUUAAAAUGGCUUGCACGAAUUGUGCCGCCGCAUGUAAACGCUGCGAUGAAAACCGGCCGUGCGACCGGUGUCAAAAGUACGGUAUCGCGGACAGCUGCGUCGAUGGAGUGAGGAAGGAGCGGAAGAAAGGAGUCAAGCGGGGUCCAUAUAAGCGAAAGAGGAAGGGCGACUCGGACUCAGGACUAGACCCUGCCGCUGCGCCUGCCGUUCCUCCGUCUCAAGCGAUCCACCCCGUCUACGGCGCACCGCCGGGGGAAGGAUUCUAUCCUGUAUACUAUGCUCCCCCGGGAUAUGUGCCGCCGCCGGAAGGGGGCGACGUGAGCGCACCCGCCCAGCCUUACUACCCUAGUUACCCGUUCCCUGGCUAUCCACCCCCUCCAGCGUCGACGCAAUCGUCGCCGGUAACGGUCGAGCCCUCGCAGACGCAGUCAGAGAGCAAGGCCCAGGAGCAGGAGCCGACGGUUGAGAAGACCAAAGAGAAGGAGAAGGGUGAGCGGAAGAAAAAGAAGAAGCGGCGGGUCGACGCUGAGGGCCAGAAGGAGAAGGAGGGUGAGCCUGGGGGAGCGAAACCUACCUCGAACGGCUCGUUCGCUGUCCCUCCUCCUAUCAUUGCUGUUGGGUGACGGGUUCGCUGUGGGUGUUCAAUUCGAUCUUAUGUUGUUUUUGUUGUUCUUGUUGCCUAUUCAAUGUUUCUCGCAUACGCGCUAUAUGCUAAACUCCUGCGCUGUAAUUCUCUUUCGAGCUUAAUGAUAUGAUCACCUCAAUUA